AUGCCGUCGCUGGUUGAGUUGGUCCUCUUGAUCCUCGUUCCAUUAUCAGGAACCUAUUCCACAUUUGAAGGGGAAGGCCAGGAAGCACAGCCGGCUCUCAUCCACCGUCGCCAUGCCCCUAUAGCACCCUUGACGGUUCAACGGUCUCGAGGCUCGUAUUAUGUUACUGCGAGGGCGGGGACCCCCGGCCAAACAGUCAAUCUACAGCUGCGGAACGAUGCAGGGGCAGCUAUCUAUAUUCCACAAAGCAAUGCCUCUUCUUAUGCGCUCUGCAACUCUACACGGAAUGCAUUUAAUCCAAGCCUGUCAUCCACUUUCAAUACGACUGACAGACAAGCUCUUUGGCACCCCAAAAAUAACAAUGCCGACUAUGCGACUGCCGAUCAUUUGUUUCGAGAUGAAUUCGAGCUUGGCGAUCUUGCCAUUGGCAGUCUAUCGAUGAGAUUAGCCACGGAAUGCGACACCGAUCUGGGCGUGCUAAGCGUGGGACUUGCCAAAGCUGACGAGCCCUCAGGCACAGGCUUGCUCGCAGCUCUAGUAGAUCAAGGUCUCAUCGCGACUGAAGCAUUUAGCAUAUGGCUGUCUGGAUGGAAAGGACACACAGACAGUGGGAGUCUUUUCUUUGGAGCUGUCGACAACAGCAAAUAUUCUGGCCGUCUAAAGGUCCUUGAUCUGGUACACACGGCCUUGUCACUCCAGGGGCCAAUAAUUUUGUUGUCUCAUAUGGAGGCUUCCAGCCAGACUGGGGACAAGACACUGAUGAGUUACAAUGACGAACCUUAUCUUGUUGCCGUAAGAUUAGGCGUUGGUUCUUCAACUUUCCCCCAAGAUAUCGCAGAAGCGAUAUGGGAAGAAGUUGGAGCCGAGUAUAUGGAAACAUGCGGUUGCCCUGUUGUUCCAUGCGCAUUGGCCGAAAGCUCCAAUACUUUUACCUACGGUUUCAGCGAUGCAAAUGGGCCUCAGAUCAAAAUGCAUCUUUGGACAAUGGUCAUCGGGCAGGAAAUCCACGACUUACAGCUCAACAACACCCAAGGCGAGCCCCUCUGUGUAUUUUCAGUAACGAAUGCAACAAACUCGACCAGCUACGCUCUUGGGGAGGACUUUCUGCGCAACGCAUAUAUAGUUUUCGAUGUGCAUAACGAGAAGAUAGCGCUUGCGCAAGGAAGAAUCGACCCUGGUGCCCUUAAUAGCUCUGAUGUGGAAGUUUUCGCGGACUAUGGAGCACAGAUCCCGUCAGCACAACGUAUAUCUAAGCAUCCAAUAGAAACGGCAACGGUACAAACUACGACAAAUACACAGAAAAUCAUCGUCACAAAUCUGGACUCGACUGCAGCAAAACCCGGUAUGGUGAUUCGCGCAGACUCAAGCACCAGCAGAGACGACAGUCAACAUCAUGACACGCUCGGUAAGGACGAUGCGUUUGAUUUAACCGGCAAUCUGGGAACAUGGUUAAGUAUCGUCCUGGUGACGCUGAUCGGGUUGGCGAUCGCUUAUACCAUUAACUACCAAAGAAAAAAUGGGAAGCCAGUAACGAAGCCUUUGAACGAGGAGCCAAGUACUCCUCACUCACCAUCGCAGGAGUCUAGCAUGGGACUCGAGUCACUUGUGUCAGCUCCCCCAACGCGCGAAGCGCAGUGUCAAGGGCUCCCGCAGGAAUCAAGGGCUUCUGUGCAAAGCAAUGAGAUCAUGCAUAUAUCGCAGUACAUGAGUCCUGCUUCGUCCUCAGCGAACCAGAUAUGUGAAGAGGAGGAGCCCAAAUCACCAGCCUUUCCGCCAGAAGCCAAACUCAAAAGCCAAAUUCCGGAGGAAAAGGUCGCAUCUACGCUUGAUGACCAGAUCAAAGAUGUCAUGACCAGGCCGGGUAAGCCCAUAAUGUGCGCACCCCCUCCUCCGGUGUACUUCGCUUGCAACAUGCAGCCAAGGCCCCAAGGCUCUUCUUGGCCCGGCGCGUACGUUAGAUGCCAAUUCGAGCUCAAGGAUCUCUGUCUUAUGCAGGCCUUCUAG